GGGCGGAAAGAGUUGCUCGGGAUAAGAAGGGGAACGAAAGAUGGCGGCGGAAACGGUGCUGUCCAGUCUUUUGGGGUUGGUGCUUCUGGGGCUCCUGUUACCCGCAAGUCUGACCGGCGGUGUCGGAAGCCUGAACCUGGAGGAACUGAGUGAGAUGCGUUAUGGGAUUGAGAUCCUGCCUUUGCCUGUCAUGGGAGGGCAGAGCCAGGCUUCGGACGUGGUGAUUGUCUCCUCUAAGUACAAACAGCGCUAUGAGUGUCGCCUGCCAGCUGGAGCCAUUCACUUCCAGCGUGAAAGGGAGGAGGAGGCACCUGCUUACCAAGGGCCUGGGGUCCCUGAGUUGUUGAGCCCGAUGAAAGAUGCUCCUUGCCUGCUGAAGACAAAGGACUGGUGGACAUAUGAAUUUUGUUAUGGACGCCACAUCCAGCAGUACCACAUGGAAGAUUCAGAGAUCAAAGGCGAAGUCCUCUAUCUUGGCUACUACCAAUCGGCCUUCGACUGGGAUGACGAAACAGCCAAGGCCUCUAAGCAGCAUCGCCUGAAGCGCUAUCACAGCCAAACCUAUGGGAAUGGGUCGAAGUGCGACCUCAAUGGGAGGCCCCGGGAGGCCGAGGUUCGGUUCCUGUGUGACGAGGGUGCUGGUAUUUCUGGGGACUACAUUGACCGAGUAGAUGAGCCCCUGUCCUGCUCUUACGUGCUGACCAUUAGGACUCCUCGGCUCUGCCCCCACCCUCUCCUCCGGCCUCCCCCCAGUGCUGCUCCCCAGGCCAUUCUCUGCCACCCUGCCCUGCAGCCUGAGGAGUACAUGGCCUACAUUCAGCGGCAAGCUGACUCCAAGCAUUAUGGGGAUACAAUUAUAGAGGAGAUGCAAGACCUGGACCCCCGGGUAUGGAGUGAAGCCAAGUCUGAGGUGGUACCCCCAAAGAGAGAAGGUACAAGCCCAGCCAAGGAGGACAGUAAGGAAUCAGAUUUCUGGAAGAUGAUUCAUGAGCAAGAUGACCAGGCUCCGGGAGAGGAGGAAGCGCAGGCUGAGGAGCAGGAACCAAAUGUGGAGGCAGCAGAUCCUGCUCCACGCUCUCCUGAUGAUUUUCAGAACAACGUGCAGGUCAAAGUCAUCCGGAGUCCUGCAGACUUGAUUCGAUUGAUAGAGGAGCUGAAAGGUGGAGCAAAAAAGGGAAAGCCGAGCACGGGCCAGGAGCAGCUUGCAGAUGAUGCUGCAGAAGUCCCUCAAAGGGAACCUGUGGCAAAGGAAAAGGGUGUUGACGCAGAGCAGCAGCGUGAGAUAGAAGAAGAGGAGGAGGAAGAUGAAGAUGAAGAUGAGGAUGAACAGCAGUUACUGGGAGAAUUUGAGAAGGAAUUGGAAGGGAUAUUGCUCCCAUCGGACCGAGACCGGCUCCGUUCAGAGGUGAAGGCUGGCAUGGAGCGGGAACUGGAGAAUAUCAUCCAGGAGACAGAGAAGGAACUUGACCCAGACGGGCUGAAGAAGGAGUCGGAGCGUGAUCGGGCAAUGCUGGCCCUGACGUCCACUCUCAACAAGCUCAUCAAAAGGCUGGAAGAAAAACAAAGUCCACAGCUGGUGAAGAGGCGCCAGAAAAGGAGGGUUGUCUCCAAAAAACCUCCCCCGUCCCCACAGCCUACAGAGGAGGAUCCUGAGCACAGAGUCCGGGUCCGGGUCACCAAGCUCCAUCACAGAGGCCCCAAUCAGGAUCUGACUGUCCUCGAGAUGAAACGGGAAAACCCACAGCUGAAACAAAUCGAGGGGCUGGUGAAAGAGCUGCUGGAGAGGGAGGGACUCACAGCAGAAGGUAAAAUUGAGAUCAAAAUUGUCCGACCAGGGGCUGAAGGGACUGAGGAGGACACACGUUGGCUGACUGAUGAGGACACAAAAAAUCUCAAGGAGAUUUUCUUCAAUAUCUUGGUGCAGGGAGCUGAGGAGGCACAGAAAGAGCGGCAACGGCAGAAGGAGCUGGAAAGCAAUUACCGCCGGGUGUGGGGCUCUCAGGAUGGGGAGGGCACAGGGGACCUGGACGAGUUUGACUUCUGAGAACACCACUGCAGUUGACCCUCCAAGGAAUCCAGAAUCUUCCUAGACUGGCCCUGCCUCCCUCACUCCCCUCCGCUUCAUCCCACCCUGAGUCCCUGAAGGCAGAACAGCAGAUUGGUGCUGAGCUGUGGUCUUCAUGGGCCCCAGCUCUGGGGGUGUGGAGGGGCCAUGGGAUGGGUGCUGCUGCUGCUGCUGCUGAGAGCCGCCCUUGAGGCUUCACCAGGCCUGUGAUUUUCAUUCUCCUAGAAUUUGUCCCACCUCCCCUUCCUUUCCUCACAGCUUUCCCUGUUAUCCUCCCCUAGCUUGUUGGCUCGUACCUGCUUCCUACCCAGAGUAGUGGGGUAGGGUAGGGAAGAGGAGGGCCAUUUAGCAGGCCCUAAGAAGGCAGACACCCCCAACCCCCUGCCCCUGUUAAGAGAAAGAGAAUUCCCUGCCCCUAUUGCUGUUUGGGGAGCCCUGGUGGCACAGUUGUUAAAGUGCUGGGCUGCUAACUGAAAGGUCGGCGGUUCAAACCCACCAGCUGCUCCUUGGGAGAAAGAUAUGGCAGUCUGCUUCUGUAAAGAUUACAGCCUUGGAAACUCUAUGGGGCAGUUCUACUCUGUCCUCCAGGGUCACUGUGAGUCAGAACUGACACAAUAGCAAUGGGUUUUUAUUGCUGUUUGGAGUCACUUUACCCUUCCCUCGGAUUGCUUUGGGAUUCCUUCCUCUCUUUCCCUGUCCACAUUGUCCCCUACAAUCUGUGCUUCCGAGUUGAGGAGUCUUCAUCUCCAUCUGUUGCUGAAGAAAUGAGAGAAAGUUGCCUACCACCUUUGACACAAUCCCAGUGAAAAAGGGUGGGCGUGCAGAACCCCCACCGUGUUCUUAAACAAUCAGGUUUCUAAAUAAAGAACUGGACCAUCAAUUCA